AUGCUGCGCCGAGCUGCAGCGCUAGCGAGAGCGCACGCUCCACGCCGAGCUGUCGCCGCCGCUCCCGCCCUCGCCCUUGCUCCUCAUCGCCGGGUCACCUCUCUCGCCUCGAGCCAGCCUGCACCGCCGCCGCCGACCGACGUCUCGCCGCAAGCCCUCCUGAGCUACUAUGCCCAGGCCCCGACCCGCACCCUCACCUACCCCGAGCUCACCAUGUACGGGCCGCCCCCUCUCGACGAGCCGACCUUGCUCCACAGCGCCGAGCGCACGAGGAGGGAGCUCCUCGCAGGACUCGCACGCCGCGUCUCGCAACACCUGUCGCUGCCGUACCUCCCGGCCACCAACCCGUCACUCGCCAAGGUGCACCAGCUCUACUCGAGCGCCUUCUUCAACCUGAGCAGCAUCCCCGAGAUCAAGACGCUCGCCGACAACGAGCGCCUGUGCAAGGUCAUGGCCCAGAUGGUCGAGGAGCACCGCGACAACAUCCCCCUCCUCGCAAAGGGCUUCAAGGAGUCGCGCAAGUACCUGCCCGACGCGACCAUCACCGACUUUCUCGAUCGCGCCAUCCGCAACCGCAUCUCGCUCCGGCUCAUGGCCGAGCAACACCUGUCGCUGUCGGCCGCCUCCCUCCCCUUCCUUCGCCCCGCCGACGCGCUCCCGUCCCCUCCGUCCCGCGUCGGCAUCCUCGACCUCGCGCUCAAGCCGUACGACCUCAUCACCAACUGCGCCGAGUACGUCUCGCUCCUGUGCGAGUCGACGUACGGCGUCGCGCCCAAGUACCGCAUCGAGGGCGGCUCUCCCGACAUGACGGUCGGCUCGAUCGGCUCGCACCUCGAGUACAUCCUCACCGAGCUCCUCAAGAACAGCUUCCGCGCGACGAUCGAGCACAACGACCUGCCGCACGCCCACAUGCUCAGCAGCGACUUUCCCGAGGUCCUCGUCACCGUCUCGACCGUGCCCGGCGCCAUGACGAUCCGGAUACGCGACCGCGGCGGCGGCAUCCCUCCCGAGAAUGUCUACAGCGUCUUUUCGUACGCGUUUACGUCGGUGCCCGCCCUGCCCGACCCCGACUUUGACCCCGACUCGCCGGCGGCGGCGUACGGCGGGACCGCCAACGCGGGCUACUACGGUGGGGUCGGCGGCGGCCCGCAAGGAGGCGAGAGCGCGCUCACGACCAACGUCGGGACGCUCGCCGGGUUGGGCUUCGGGCUGCCGCUGUCGAGGAUCUACGCCGGCUACUUUGGCGGGUCGCUCGACCUCGUGUCGAUGUACGGAUGGGGCACUGACGUGUACUGCGUGAUGAAGACGCUUUGAGGCGUCGAGUCUGUUCAAGCUGUUGUAUUACCGUCACCAUGUUAUCUACACGCACAUAACCGCUCUCGAACGUCCCGCUCGUCCGCUUAGAGAUUUCCUCGUGCGACGCCCUCGAAAGUCGCCUCCUCGACGCCCUCGCCGUCGGCGAGCCCUCGCAGCGCCCGCCCGUACGCCUCCCAGAUGUCUGCCACGGUCGUCUCGUCGACCGUGCCCG